AUGGCAAACCCUGGGAUUGGGGUUUCAUUUGACCCAAAUGAUAUGUCCAGUUGGUACUUCGGCGGUCUGUCCCGAGCGGAGGCCACGAAGCUACUCCUCAACGAGACCGAAAGCGGGGUGUUCCUCGUCAGGGACUCGAAGACCAUACACGGCGACUACGUGCUUUGUGUCAGGGAGGACGAUCGUGUAUCUCACUACAUAAUAAAUCACGUGGUGUCAGCCGACGGUACCACACGUUUCCGCAUCGGCGACCAGCUGUUCGCGGAUAUGCCGGCUUUAUUGUCAUUCUACCGGCUGCACUAUCUUGAUACCACGCCUUUGGUGAGGCCGCUGCCACAAGCGAGGGCCAGGGCGGCCGCGCCACCACCACCCCAGCCGCACCAGGUGCUAGAGCUGGUGAUUGCCAAGUUCGACUUCGUUGGCAGUGACGCCGACGAUCUACCGUUCAGACGCGGCGAGAGGCUCAUGGUGAUCAACAGGGAUGAGGAGCAGUGGUGGACGGCGCGUAACAGUCAGGGACGCACCGGUUCGAUUCCUGUGCCGUAUGUGCAAAGGAUCCUAGAUCCUUCAGGAGUACCAUACCCUCCAACGGAGGCGCUGAACCAGCUCGGGGAUCCGCCCAGUCCUCCUGGGAACAGGCAUCCCCAGCAACGCACCAACAUGCAGCGCACCCUCCCCGCAUUAGCGCGCGUCAGACAAACCCGAGUGCCGAACGCGUACGACAAAACUGCCCUCAAACUGGAAGAAGGGGACAUUGUUAAGGUGACCAAAAUGAACAUCAACGGCCAAUGGGAAGGCGAGUUAAAUGGCAAAAUCGGCCAUUUUCCCUUCACAUACGUCGAGUUUCUGGAUGACAAUACGAGCAGUUAA